AUGUCGGACUUUCAGCUGGCCCCGCCUCUUCCACCGCCGGGUCCGCCAUUCAUUCCAGCCAGCUUUCCACAGAACACCGACGACGGCGACACAGAUGGAUACGUCCUCAAUCACGUGGCUUUGCAAAUCAGCUCGCCAGCCGCAUCAUUCGCAUUCUAUGUCGAUUUCUUGGGCAUGAGCCUGAUCUUCGCUCUCAAUGCUGGGCCCAUGACGGCGUAUUACCUCGGAUACCCGGACAAGGGCAACGAUACAGUUCCAGCAGAUAUGGCUCGAGCCUCUGGUGGACGUUCCGGACUCUUGGAGCUCAUUGUUGCACAUAACGAGCAUGGUCAAGCCGAGCAUGCAGAGACAAAUGGUUUCGAAAAGCCGAGACGAAAGGCCGGGUUCGCUCAUUUGGGACUUCGCGUGCCCGACGUCGCAGCGACGCUGAGGCGUGCUGAAGAAAAGGGCUGGAAAGUGGCAAAACCUCUAGACAAGGUGGAUGUCCACUUCAUGCCACUACCGGGCUGGGAGCGUCAACCCGAGAGCACGGUUCGGAAGUGGGAGGGUGGUUUUGAAAAGACGUUCGCACAGAUCGCAUUUAUCCAGGAUCCUGACGGGUGA